AGGCGUAGAACCUGUAAAAUAAAGAUGUCAGCGCCCAUGUGAUGUUUGCUCGUUUCAAGUUAUUCAGUCUCUUUCAAAUAUAAAACCUUUCAAAAUGCCUCACACCGCUGACGAAAUAAAGGAUAAGUUACAGAAGGCACUGGAAGCUUCUUACUUGGAAGUAGAAGAUCUAUCUGAUGGCUGCGGAGCCAAGUUCCAAGCAAUCAUAGUCUCUAAAAAAUUUGAAGGAAAGCCUCUGUUACAAAGGCACAGGUUGGUGAAUUCAGUUUUGGAAGAGGAAAUGAAAUCCAUCCAUGCCUUUUCUCAGAAAACAUUAACACCAGAACAGUGGGAAAAACAGCAGCAACAAUGAUUUUUUUUCACAUAGCACAAGGAGGCAAUUUUUCAUAGAUCACGAUGUACUGUUCAUUUCAUUGACAUCAUUAAACAAUAUUUAAUGGACCAAAGAUGCUAUUUCUUCAAGAUGCUACUGAAGUGCUGUCAAUAUUUAAGCAGUCAGCUGUUGUAACAGUGCAAUGUGUAUCACUGUGUAUGAUUGUGUGAAAAUUGUGACAUACAUUAUGCAUGCAGACCAUCUUCAUUUGUACUUGCAUGUCUAGGCAGUUUUUACCUGCUUAGUGCAGACAGUUUUUGGCCUUUCCAGGUCUAAGUGUAUUUUAAUAAAAGUCUUGUGAAUAUCAAGUAACUGUAUCUUUUAACAGAAAAUAAAAAUGUGUCUUCU